AGACCAAAAAAGUAUUUGUGAACUGAGCUCGAAAUGAGAGUUCCUGUAAAACUCCUCGGCUUCGGCUUUUGGUUGUUUUUCUUAAAUUGUGCCCGAUGUCAAGAAUGUCUUCGAGAGGACAUUAAACAUGAAAACACAGAACCAGUUGAGAAAGCUUCAUACGCUCAUGGUGAAAUAGUGAAAGUGAACUGCAUAACAGGUUAUACUGGCUUGUAUAGAUUAAACUGUGAAAAAGGAGAAUGGAAAAAAUCCAUUGAGCGACCAUGUGCAAAGAGAAGAUGUAGUCAUCCAGGCGACACACCAAAUGGUGAUUUUAAACUUAUAAAGGGGACAGAGUAUCUUUUUGGAACAACAGUUGUGUAUAAUUGCAAGAAAGGGUAUGAAAUGGCAAGCAGAAUCAAUUACCGUACCUGCAGAGCUCAAGGAUGGGACAACGCCGUCCCUGUCUGUGAGGUGGUGAAAUGUCCAGCCAUUCGCACAGAUUGGGAGGUGACUGCAUCGGGUAACACAGAGGAGGGACGUUAUGGUGAUGCUAUUCACUUUGAGUGUGUAUCUUCUGACAAAAUGAUAGACGGAAAUAGUGACAUUCGCUGCGAAGAGACGGGAAAAUGGAGUGAUGCUGUUCCAAAGUGCAAAGUGCCACAUGGAUCUUCAAACACUGCAGCAAAUCAAAAAUUGUGCCCUGAUCUAUCUGUGGAAAAUGGGUUCAUAUACAGCCACUCCUUCAAUAAGGAAAAAAUAUUUUACUCCUGCAACACGGGUUAUAAACCAUUCACUGGAAACUGGUGGGAUUCAGUGACAUGCAGCAAAGGAUCUUGGUCUGACGAGCCUCGCUGCAUCCGGAAGGAAGAUUGUGGUGCUCUUCCCAGUGUUCACCAUGGAAAACUAAUCCAUCGUGAUCGAGAAACUGCUGAAGUGGAAUGUGAUCCAGGGUUCAUAUCAACUGAACCCUUCAUAAAAUGCACCAGUGGUAGAUGGGAGACACCAGUGUGUAAGGAGGUGCGUUGUGGCAUUCCUCCAAAUGUGGAAAAUGCAGUCAUAACAUCUGAACCUAAAGAAUUUUAUUUACCUGGAUCUACCGUAACAUACAUAUGUCGAAGCUCAUACUUAAUGAAUGAGAAAAGUACAGUUUUCUGCCAAAGUGGAACAUGGGAAAACACUCCAACAUGUCAAGGACAGAGAGAAAUCACCUGUCAGUCAAAUGGAGAAUGGAGCAGCCCUUUUCCAAAAUGUGAAGGCAAACACACAGAAGCAGUAACCUGUGAGCUUAAAUCAACCACAUUUGGAGUAAAAAAGAUCAAGCCUGAGGAAAAAAACAUUUUCAGAGCUGGAGAAAGUGUGGAGCUCACCUGCUCUGAAAAAUACUGGUUCCUUGGUACAAAAGAAACCAGCAGAUCAUUUACAUGCAAAGAUAAUGGAGAGUGGGACUAUGAGCCUGUUUGUGCAGAGAUUACAUGUGAAACUCCACAUGACCAGCAUGUGUAUUACCCAUCCUAUUCCUUCAGUGGAGAUAAGAAACGGGGAGCAAAAAAAUCGUACCGAUGUGAGUCUGGAUAUCGUGAAAUGGCAGAAGAGGCCACAUGUACACGAGACGGAUGGACACCAAAACCACUGUGUGCUGUCUCAGAGAAAUGUGGACCACCACCAGGCGUGAACGAUGCAGAUACACUAGAAAUAACAAAAAAGGAAUACAAUACAGGGGAGAGAGUUGAAUACAGCUGCUUUAAUAAAUACACUUUGGAUCUGCGUCCACCUUUCUCCAGAUACUUGACCUGUGAGCAAGGAGAAUGGAGAGGGAAUAUUAGGUGUUUAAAGCCCUGUACAGUGACGGUAGAGGAAAUGGAAAGAAGAGGUUUAGAGUUGGCCUAUGCUAAUCGACAAAAGAUGUUCGCACCACAUGAUGAUCACAUCACCUUUAUGUGUCAGAGGGGCAAAGUUUCAGGAGGUGUUCCCCUAAGACAACAGUGUAAUGAUGGAGUGAUAACUUUACCUGAGUGUGUGAGACAGUGAGAG